AUGCGUUUCGCGGAACUGGCCAUUCUGCUUCCUUGCCACAGCCUGGAAGACUUUCCGCUUUACCACACCGGCUCUCAGGCCGAUGGGCUGCUGGCAUGUUUCACCGCCCUUUGGCAUCCGGCUUUGUUGGCCAGUGCCAAGAAGAUGCCCACCUGGUAUCGGGCCGAUGACCCUCCGGAGCAACUCAACGGCAGUCUGCUGACAAUUCCGGAAGUCAGCGAGACGAUCAUGCUAGCCGGCUGGACGACCCGAGCGGUGGACGAGGGAGCUUGCGUAGUUCGCCAGACGCACGACCGGGAUGAAAUCCUGCAGCAGGCUCUGGCGGGCUUGGGCGAAGAUGCCCCGAGUGUGGAUGCCGAGCUGGCGGCCGACUUUCUGGCUCUCGGGUUUGGCUACCUGCAGAUCGAACUGCUCUCGCGACGCAUGCGGUACAUGAGCAGUCUGGACGAAGUUCAGAUCGAGCGGCAAACGCUGGCUGCCGCCGAAGCAGCCGUGGCCGGCGAUGUUGAGACGGCCAAGAAGGAACUGAGCGAGUGCUUCGAAGUGCUGACCGAAGCCCGUGAGCGGUUCUACCCGGUGGAGCUGUACCUGGUUGAUAUCACGCUCACCGCUGAGACGACGCUGGGUGCAUCUCUGCGUGCGGAACUGGAAUCGCCGCUUCCCACCAACCUGUUAAUCUCAGGCCAACUGGUUGACCGCCUGGCGGAGAGUGAACCCGAUACGCUGGCCGCCAUGCGUGCUGCGUUGGAAGCCGAGACGCUGAGCAUCGCCGGGGGCGAGUACGAAGAGCAAGACGCGGCUCUGUUGCCGAUGGAGGAUGCGCUCGAUCAACUUAUUGCUGGGCGGGCGGCCUACCAGCGUCACUUGAAUCAGAUACCCACCAUCUUUGGGCGGCGGCACUACGGGCUCGCUCCUUGGAUGCCGCAACUUCUCACCCGUACCGGGUUCGAUGGCGCGCUUCACUUCACACUCGACGGGGGCAAGUUCGGCAAAACCGAACGCGGCAAGGCUCAAUGGGAAGGCAUCGACGGAAGUACCAUCGAAUGCAUCGCCCGAGCACCGCUUGAUGCGAGUACUGGAGAGACCUUCUUGAAGCUGACCGAAAAGAUUGGCGACGCGAUGGACGUCGACCAGGUCGCCACCGUGAGCUUCGCGCAUUGGCCAGGGCAUGUAAGUCGGUGGUACGACGAUCUCCGCCGCAUCGCUCGCUACGGAACCGCACUGGGGCGAUUCAUAUCGCUCGACGACUACUUCCACUCCACAAACUCGCCGGGAUUUCUUUCGCAAUUCGAUCCGGAUGGAUAUCAGUCCUCGUAUCUUCGCAACGAUGUAGCGGCCGGCACGGCCAAUCCGAUUUCACGAUUCGUCGACGAACAUCGCAGUCGGGCGAAUCGCGAGUCGGUGGCUGCCUUGCGAAUGAUGUCUCACGCGAUGGCUGGCGAGAUAGACUCGCAGGUGGAGGUCGAGACUAGUGAUACCGCUGAAGCAGUUCGCUCCGCGGCUGAAGGGUUGGCCACUCGGCUGACCGCAGGAAGGCCGGCAUCGCCGCGAGGUUCUCUGGUUUUGAAUCCGCACAGUGGGGCAGUUCGCGACGCGAUUGAAACUGCUGCUGCCAGUGGAGCGAAACCGCGACGUGUGGUGAAGGUUCCCGCCCAGGGGUUCACCUGGAUCGCAGAAGAUGCCCCGCUUCCGCAGCCGUCGAAGAAACAACGCGAUUCGAUUGUCAAAGAUCUCACGCUUCGCAACGAGCACCUGGUCAUUCGGAUCGACGAGCACACCGGGGCGAUCCGUUCGAUCUAUGAGAUUCGCAAGCGGGGCAAUCGCCUGUCUCAGCAGAUUUCUCUGCGGCAAACCCGCGAGACACAUGCUCCUUACCGAAAUCAGCAUGACGAUGGCUCGGAAUACUCCGUGAUGGUUGCCGACUCGGUCGAGAUUGCCCAUUCCGAUGCGGAGUGGGGGCAGAUCGUCAGUCGUGGGCGGCUGGUCGAUCUCGAAGCGAAGACCGUGGCCGAGUAUCGGCAGACAACCAGCCUCGCCCGGGGAAGUCGGGUUGUGGGGAUCGAGAUCGAAGUGCAGCCCAAGGUGAAGCCUUCGGGCGAUCCCUGGCUGAACUACUAUGCGGCUCGCUUCGCUUGGGGCGAUGCUGCCGCCGAUUUAUAUCGCAGUGUGGGGAUGACGUCGUAUCACACGUCGGCCGGCCGCAUCGAAGCGCCGCACUUCGUUGAGAUCCGUGCCCCGGAAGAGCGAACCGCCAUCCUCACCGGAGGGCUACCGUAUCAUCGUCGCGUUGAGAUGCGGAUGCUGGACACCUUGCUGAUUACUGCGGGCGAGACUCGCACGAAGUUUGAGAUGGGCAUUGGCAUCGGGAUUUCGCAUCCGCUGCAUGCGGCGAUGCGUUUGAUGUCGCCGUUGCCCGUGGUCGAGUCGCCCGAGCCUGCGCCGAGUUCAAGCUGGUUGUUUCACAUUGAUGCUAAGAACAUCAUGACGACCGCCUGGCGCGACAUUGUGGAAGACGGCCGGUUGGUUGGUUUUCGCGUGAGGGUGCUCGAAACGGCCGGCCGGCAUACGCAGGCCCUGCUGCAGUCGUUCCGCUCGGUAUCCAACCGCUGCGGGGUCGCCAUGAUCGUAACCAUCGACGGACCCGCCGGGGCGGGGAAAAGUACGGUCGCAAAACAAUUGGCCGCUCGACUCGGUUUUCAGUUUCUCGAUACCGGCGCCAUGUACCGCGCCGUUGCCUGGGCCGCGCGAGAAGCGAACCUGGAUCGGGACGACGCGGAAGCCAUCGCCGAUUUGGCAAAGCGGAUCAACAUCGAGUUGAAAGACGAUCACGUAUUCGUCGACGGCCAUGACGUGACGCAGGCGAUUCGCACGCCGGCGGUGACUGCCGUCACCGUGCAUUCCGCCAGUAAUCCCGGAGUGCGAGAGCACUUGGUCGAGCUGCAGCGGGAAAUCGCUUCGAAAGCCGAUUUCGUGACCGAGGGCCGCGAUCAGGGGAGCCUCGUGUUCCCAGAUGCGGAAUGCAAAAUCUUCCUCACCGCGAGUGCGGAGGAGCGGGCAAAACGCCGGGUGGAGGACCUCCACGCCCGCGGGCAAGAAGCCACGCUGGAGCAAGUGCUGCGGGAUCAGAAUCUUCGCGACGAGCAAGAUUCCACCCGUGAGGUUGCCCCGCUCGUUCAACCCGACGACGCCGUGGAAGUGCUGACCGACGGCAUGUCGAUCGACGAGGUGGUCGAUCAUCUCGAGACCCUGGUCCGCGAUCGCCGAUUUGAUUGCACACCGAGAGUCGAUGAGAUGCUGAUUCGUGGAAUUGCCGCCUUCGUGCUGGGGUUGAGUGUGUUCUGUGCUUCGUGGCUCGAAGCAGCGACCGUGUCGCAGCGGCCAGAGUCAUUCACCGACCCAAGCGAAACCGGCAACGAGUAUGGAUUCCAGGGUGAGUACAUCGGCACCGUCACCGGGGGUUAUCGCCCUGAGCGCGUGGGCCUACAGAUUAUGGCCGGCCCCAACCAGACGCUUACCGCCGUGCAAUACCCGGGUGGGUUGCCGGGCUCGGGGUGGAACGGAUCGCCGAAGAUUCGCUACGAGGGCAACUGGGAUAAUUCGGUCGCCAUGCUCCGUGGGGAUGGUCACAAACUGGUGAUCGUCAACAACGAGGUGUGGAUUCUUAGCGGUGGCGAUGUAAUGCGGGGCAUCAUUCAUAAGAUUCACCGCCGCAGCCCCACGUUGGGGCUUCAACCUCCGCCGGGCGCCGACGUGUUGUUCGACGGGCAAUCGACCAUCCGUUUGCAGGGCGGUCGCAUGACCGACACAGGGUUGCUUAUGGAAGGCGCCGAAACACUCGAUACGGUGGACGACUUCCGGAUGCACCUGGAGUUCCGCACACCAUUCAUGCCUACGGCCGACGGUCAAGCUCGUGGGAAUAGCGGUGUCUACAUCCAACGUCGGUAUGAACUACAGAUUCUGGAUUCGUUCGGACAAGAUCGCGAGUACAACUUUUGCGGUAGCCUCUAUAAGACGCGUCCGCCGGAUGUGAAUAUGUGCCUGCCCCCGCUGGCCUGGCAAACCUACGACCUGUGGUUUCGGGCCGCCCGAUUCGAUGCCGACUUCAACAAGGUGGAAGAUGCACGAAUUACGGUCUACCACAAUGGCGUGAAGAUUCACGACGAUAUUGCGAUCCCCAACAAGACCGGCGCCGGCCGUCCCGAGGGCCCGGACCCCAUGACGAUUCUUUUCCAGGAUCACAGCGACCCGGUCCGCUAUCGCAAUAUUUGGCUGGUCAAUCAGAGCUAUCCGGAAAGUUUCGAUAGCGUUUGGCCUUCGCGUGUGUUCCAAUGUGCGGAAACUCCCAUCCCCUGGGCCCAUGCUGUUGCGCUAGCUGUGGUCUGUUUCGGCACGGGGUGUCAGCAGACUGUGCCACCAGCGGAGCCGUCGGACAAGACCGAAGCCACCACAUUUGAACCGGUUCCUGAGGAGACCGCCUGGAUCGAGCAGGUUGCCCAGGUCAUCGGUGGACAAUCCACCCGAAUUGAAGUUGAACAGACGGUGGUGUCCGAUACGGAUCUCGAGCAACUGAGCGAUCUGGCGAACCUCGAGGAACUGGUGAUUGCCGAAAGCAAGAUAAGUGAUCGGGGGUUGGCCCGGCUGGCCUCGUUGAUCUCUUUGAAGACUCUGAAUCUCGGUAGUUCCGAAAUCACUGACGAGGGGCUGAAGCACCUGGUUGCGUUGGAGAACCUGGAGCUUCUGCGGCUCACGAAUUCACGAAUUGAUGGCUACGGCUUUGAUCAUUUGAAGCUCUUGCCGAAUCUCAAGUUCCUGAUUCUCAAUGAUUCUCCCAUCGAGGAUGAAGGUCUUGUGCAUAUUGAGGAGAUGCCUCAGCUCGAGUCAUUCUACGUGGAAGGUAGUAAUGUGAGUGUGAACAUGACUCAAGCGGCACAGCAGUUCUUAGACACACUCAGCGAAGAGCAACAGGCCGAAGCCGUGAUGCCGUUUGACGGUGGCCCUCGCUUGGGAUGGCACUUCAUACCCAAAGACGACCGCAAGGGCUUGCAAGUCAAGAAUAUGGACGAGGCCCAGAAGGAGGCCGCCUUCAAGCUUCUUUCCAGCGCACUGAGUCAGGUUGGCUAUAAGAAGUCGCGGCAAAUUAUGGAGCUGGAAGCAAUUCUGCACGAGUUGGAGAAAGACCAACCGGGCGGGAACAUUCGCGACCCGCAACGUUACUACUUCACGGUCUUCGGCGAUCUCGAAUCGAAGUGGGGUCUCAGUGUCGAGGGGCAUCACCUGUCGCUCAAUUUCGUGGUCGAUGAUGGCCAGGUUGUCGCUCACACGCCGGCGUUCCUUGGGGCGAACCCUGCAGAAGUGAAGUCGGACGUUGGCGUCGGGCCUCCCAAGGGAACCCGUACGUUGGCCAAAGAAGAAGACUUGGCCUUCAAGCUGUUAAAUUCGUUCGACGAUUCGCAGCGGAGCCUGGUGGUGAUUGACGAUAAGGCUCCUCGCGAGAUGCGAGCCGCUGGGGAGCCGCAUGCUCCCGACUCGGCACCCGAGGGGUUGGCCGCCAAGGAUAUGAACGAAAACCAACUCGGCACGCUGUGGGCGUUGAUCGAGACUUACCUGGAAAACAUGCCGGCCAGCGUGGCGGAUGCCGAGCGGAAGAAGAUUACCGAAGCCGGCAUCGAGAAGGUCCACUUCGUCUGGGCCGGAGCAAGCCGUCCGGGUGUGGGGCACUACUACCGGGUGCAAGGUCCCACCUUCUUGAUCGAGUUGGUCAACACCCAGCCCGACGCCGAGGGAAACCCGGCGAAUCAUAUCCAUUCGGUGUACCGCGACAUGUCGGGCGUUGAUGAGCGGCUGCGCGGCGUGCCAACCGUUCGCGUGGUGGCCGAUGUGUUGGCCCAUCUGCAGCAGCACGUUCCUGAGCCCGAUCUCCUGAUCAUUUCCGGCGAUUUGGCCCAAGAAGAAGCCAAGGCCACCUACCGACGCUUGGCGGAGAUGCUCGAACCGUGGGCUGGGAAGCUGCGGAUGAUUCCAGGCAAUCAUGAUGAUCGCCACGAAAUGCAGGCGGUCUUCUCACGCGAUCUCACUGUGGUUGAUGAGCGGAUUGUGUUCAGCGAGCCUCUCGAUGCCUGGCGGCUGAUCGGGCUCGAUUCGCUCGAGCCUAGCCAGGUUGCUGGGUUUGUAGGGCAGGAACAACUUGCCUGGCUCGACGGGGAGCUAAGCCAGCGGUCCAACACGCCGACGAUUCUGUUCGUGCAUCAUCCUCCGGUGUCGGUCGAGACUUCCUGGUUCGAUGUCAUCGGGCUGCUCGAUGCCGAGAAUCUCUGCGAGGUGAUUACGCGACAUCCUCAGGUCAAGCUCGUCUGCUGCGGUCACGUACAUUUCGAGUUCGCCUCUUCGAUUGCUAGCACUCAGGUGCUGACCACUCCGGCGGCCUCGUUUCAGUUUGCGCCGCACACACCGAGCCAGGAGUACGAUCUUCUGCCGCCGGGGUAUCGGGUGAUCGAACUCGAGGGGAGCGAGUUUCGUACUCAGGAUGGGCUCUGCAUUAUGCCGCUUCUGGAAGCUAAAGGCCUGGUGAAGAUCUACGGACGCCGUCGCGUGGUCGACGGAGUUAAUUUCGAGGUCGAGCCGGGUGAGAUUGUCGGAUUGCUGGGCCCCAACGGUGCCGGCAAGACCACCAGCUUCCGCAUGACCUGUGGGAUGAUCGCCGCCAACGCCGGCAGUGUGCAUUUGGGCGGCCAAGAAGUGACGAACUGGCCCAUGUACCUUCGUGCCCGCAACGGAGGAAUGGGGUACCUGGCACAAGAAGCGAGCGUUUUUCGCAAGCUCACGGUGGAGAAGAACCUGUUGGGCAUGAUGGAAAUGCUCGGCAUCGAUCGCCGCACGCGGCGCCUUCGCUGCGAUGAGUUGCUCGAGCAGUUCAAGAUUUCGAAGCUGCGGAAGUCGAUGGCCCUUUCGCUCUCCGGCGGUGAACGUCGCCGACUGGAAAUCGCACGUUGCCUGGUUUCCAAUCCCAAGAUUCUGCUGUUCGACGAACCUUUCACCGGGAUCGAUCCGGUGACCAUCGCCAGCAUUCAAGAUUUGGUCCGCGGCCUUCGCGAUCGGGGUAUUGCCAUUCUGAUUACCGAUCACCAGGUGCGCGAAACACUGCAGAUUACCGAUCGCAGUUACGUCAUUCGCGACGGGCAGGUUCUCUGCCACGGGUCGCCACACGAUGUGGUGAAUCAUCCCGAUGCACGGAAGUACUAUUUCGGAGACUCAAUCGAUAUUGGUCCCGCUGGGGAUCGGCCGGUGCAAGGAAUGCACCACAGCGAAGCCCGUCUCGUAGCGUGGGGGAACGACCGCACGGCCGCCCCACCCGCAGCCGGUACGAAGAUCGCUGGGCAGAUCUCUGCUGAAGCGGCCGAUUGUUCGUCGCUCCGCGUGGCCACCUUUAACAUCCACGGUGGUAAGGGGGAGGACGACCAACGCGACCUGGACCGCAUUGCCACCACAUUACAAGGCUUCGACCUGAUUGCCGCGCAGGAAGUCCACGGAGGCUCGCUGGUUGGCUCGCCCGAUCAGGCGGCCAUUCUGGCGAAUAAGCUCGACUUGGCCUGGCUGUAUGCUCCGACCGAACGCCGCUGGUGGAGCGAUGCAUUUGGGAAUGCGUUGCUCACUCAAUUCCCCAUCAGCCGGUGGGAGCGAAUCCCGUUGCCUUGUACGCAGGGCAAAGCCUAUCGCAAUGCAGUCGUUGCUGAAGUUCAGUUGGGGCAGACAUUAGUCAAUGUGCUGUUCACGCAUCUCGAUCGCCACGAGGAUCGCGAAACUCAGUUACGGGAGGUGAUUCAGCUUUAUCGCGAGUUGCCUUCGCCGGCCAUUUUGAUGGGCGACUUGAACACCGAUCGUCACGAUCCGCUUUGGGCUGAACUGCUGGAGGAGCCGGCGGUGAUCGACGUGCUGAGCCAGGGCGAUCAGGCGGCCGACAAUCAUCUUCGCAUCGAUUGGAUUGUCGCUCGCGGGAUGGAAGUGGUCGAUGCCGGAGUGAAGGACGAUGGGGCUUCCGACCAUCCUUGCUACUGGGCCGAACUCCGUUUGCCAGAAGAUCGAGUGGCUGCCGCUGAACUCUUGCGGCAAUAUCAGGCAGGUCGGUCGGAAUGUGAGCCAAGAAGGCUUGGCUUCACUACAGUUCUCAGCGUGAUGAAAAACCUUGCAGGCGAGUUCAUCGGUCCAUUGCCAGUGGGUGCUUGGGUGUUAUUGCUCGCCGUAAGCGGCCUCACCUUCGGAUACAACCUGGGCGGUGCUCGCGCCCUGACCGAACACGAAACUUACGUCGCUGGCCCUGCGAAACAGAUGCUGACCGACGGCGAUUUUCUGUUGCCUCGAAUUGGCGAGCAUCUUUGGGUCGAGAAGCCUCCCUUGCCGUAUUGGCUUAGUGCGGCGGCCUGCUGGCUCUACGGCGAGUUCUGUGAGUGGACCGUGCGGCUGCCAUCUGCAUUGGCCGGAAUUGGCGUGGUGUUGAUCGUCGCUAGCCUGAACUCGCGCUGGUUUGGACCUACAGUGGGGCUUCUGGCAGGACUCGCUCAGUCCACCUUUGUCUACAUGGUUAGCUACGCGCGGCUGGCUGAAGCCGACAUGGUGUUGGCCUUGAUCGUGGUGGCGGCCAUCGGGGCCUUCGAUCGCUUUCGUUCGGCGGUGGAUGAGGGCAGUUGCACAGCGAUCCGGCGAUGGCGGGCUGCGUUUUGGGGUCUGAUUGCAAUCUCGGGCUUAGCGAAGGGGUUGCUGUUCGGGGCGGUGCUGGUGGCCGCGCCUUGCCUGGUGUGGGACAUCUGGAAUCGUCGUGGUGCGAUCUCGCGGAGAAUGUUCUCCCUGGCUGGCAUAGCGUUUGUCCUGCUGGUAUGGGCUGCGUGGCCGGCCUUGGUUGUGGCGAGAGAGCCCAUCGCUCUGGAGAUUUGGUACGACCAUCUGUUCGGCCGCAUCUCGGGCAGGAUCGAUUUCAACGUUAAGCCGGUGUGGUACUAUCUCACCACCUGGCCGUGGCAGAUGUUGCCGUGGACGCCGAUGUUGCUCGUGGCCGCGUGGCCUUCGUUGAGACGGGCAUGGCAAAGCGACCGGACGCCGGACCGGUUUCUGUGGUGUUGGGCGCUGGUGCCGGUGCUGGUGUUAUCGAUUUCUCGCGGGAAACAUCACCACUACCUGAUCUACUCGCUGCCGGCAUUGUCGUCGAUUGUCGCUCUUGGGCUAAUGGAGUGUGGGCUUCGCAUUCGAGAGCAAACGCACCACACGCUGGGACUCGCCCGAUUCUAUAGCUUUGCGUUGGCUCCUUGCGUGCUGGUGGCGGGUGUUGUGAGUGCGAUCGUAUGGUCUGAGUAUCGUCUCGACGCGGCCGUUGUCUCGUUGGUGCUUGCCGCGGCGGUAAUGCUAUUGGGAUACGCAUCCUCGCGACGAAAAACGAUGCUGUCUUACGUUGCCGUGGCCUUCCCAGUUGUGUUGGGAAUUCUCUACGUUCACGCCCGAGUGCUUCCUUCGCGCGACCCUUCGCUGGCCGAUCGGGAGUUUCUGCAAAGAGUCGAAACACAACUUCCAGCCGGCGUUGUUCCGAUUGUUUGUGGCAGCGGCGACGUGUAUGGCCGGGAGAUCGCCCGACAUAUUUUCUACCUCGAUCGCCCCGUGGUGCCGGUGUGGUACCCGGAUCGACUUGGGCCGUGUGAAGAGACGACCUUCGUAGUGACGCGGCGAAGUGCCCGCUCGUCUUUGGCCAGCUUGGGACAGGUGUCUGAAUUGGCGGCCAGUACGCACUCGCGAGGUGAACAGGGCCCUAACGAUCGAUUCGUUCUGCUGAAGAUCGAGCCUUCUCACUCGGAUACGGCCGAGUUCGCUUCCGGUGGCCGGAUGCAACUGCUCUCCAUGCAACAGUCGCCCCUCAAUCGCGUUCGCCAGUAUUUCAGUUCACCUGUCGACAGCGGAAGCCUGGCCGCAUUCCGCACUGGUUUCGGUGCGCUCACGGCGUGGAUGAUCUACGGGUUUUUGCGAACCGAAGGUGAUGGGCCGAGUGGUCUGAGUUUCUUGUUCACUCCACCGGAGACGACCUGGACUUUCCCCUACUUCGGGCUGAGUUGGGUGACACCGCCUGCUGAACCAUGGACCACAGUGAUGUUUGUGGUCUGCUUCGUGUCGGCUUGUCUGGUUAGCUUAGGGCUGCUCUAUCGACUGGCCAGCAUCGUGCUGUGUCUGACGUAUUGGCACAUUGUGCUGAUGGACGCCACGCUGUUCGGGAAUCACUUUCCGUUGGUGGGUGUGUUUGCCGUGCUGCUGGUUCUCAUUCCUGCUCACCGUCGCUACUCGCUCGAUCGCCUGAUUGUCGCUGGAUUCUGGCGAAGGAAGUUUCCCACGACGCUUAGCUUCUGGUGCGUCUUCCUGGUGCGUGCGCAGACCUUUCUUAUUUAUUUCUAUGGCGGAGUGUCGAAGCUGCACGACGACUGGCUGCGGGCCCAACCGUUGAAGAUGUGGCUUUCGCCGACGGGGCUGUAUCCGUUUUUCGGGGAUAAGCUAUCCGAAGAGAACUUCACCCGGCUGAGCGAUUUUCUGUCGCAGGAGUACGUCGCCUACUUCUUCUCCUACGGCGGGCUGAUUUUCGAUCUCACGAUUGGCUUCCUGCUCGUGUUUCGUCGCACUCGCUGGCUGGCGUUUGCUUUGGCCACCGGGUUUCACGUGUUCAAUUAUUUCGUGAUCCAACGCGUGGGGUUGGUGGCCCCCAUUGCCUUUUGGGCCACCCUGAUGUUCUUCGAACCCGACUGGCCGACGCGACUCUGGAAUUUCAUUCGUCGUCCCCGCUUUGCGAAGCCCGACUUGGCGUGGUUGAUCGCUGGGGCGAUUGCAGUUCCUGGGGUUGGAGCGCUGCUGGGAUGGAAGGCGAAACCGUACGCUUCACCCGCAACUUCGUCAGUGGCCAGCAAACUCGGCUGGCCGGUGUUUGCGAUUGGGGCUGCUUGGCUGGUAUUCCAGACGUUGUUUCCCGCCCGGCAUUUUUUGAUUCACGACGAUCCGUACUGGACCGAGCGGGGUGUGCGGUUCAGUUGGUUCUUGAUGACUCGCAACAAAGUUGGCGGUUUCGCGCGCAUUCGCGUCGAAGACCCCGGGCUCGUUCGCACCGACGCCAACGGACAGCAGGAGUUCGCGUGGGAAAACUACCAGGGCGAACUGCCGCCCGUGGUGUACCACGAUGUGGAUGCUCGCACGGUUACGUGGAGCGACCUGCCGGAGUUCUUCGUCACGUUCGAACCGAUGAUCGGCGAACGGAUUUUCUUCAAUCCCAUGGCCGCCGGGCUGGUGAAGUCGGCGGAGAUCGAAGAGCACGUUCAGAAAUACUGGCGAAGGACCUACGGGCGCUCAUGCGAAGUGUUUUCCACGUUUCCGUUGCGGCGGCAGUUGCGAUCGGUUCGCCGCAACGCCGCCAUCGCGCUUCAGGAUGAAGAGCCGGGAGCCCGACACUACCUGCAUGUCGUGCUCCAGGCUGACGAGCGUGCGAAGGAGCUGAUGGCCUCGGACCUCAACGAAGACGCUUUCUAUCAACGCUUCUUUGCUUUUAAAGAGUCGCUGUUCGCUUUCCAGCGGCUAGGUCCCUUCUACGAACCGCUCGCUCGGCUGCUUCUGCAGGUAUCUCCCUUUGCUUUGCAGGGGAACCCGGCCUCGGGACUGCGGCCGAUGCUGGUCUACGACCCCGAGUUGAUGCUGUCUGCACCAUACGUAUUUCAGCGACUCGACCGUGAGCAAUGGCAGGGUGAAGCGACCGCACACGCCGACUUCAACCUGAUGCCGUGGCAGUUCAUGAUGGGGCUGCCUCGCGUGCUGCCGGCCUAUCGUCAGGCGGAGCCGCCUUGGUUCGUUUGGAACUACGGACGGGAAUUGAAUGCCCAUCAGAUCGAAGCCAUGGAACUGAUGCCGAUGGUUGUGCACAGCUACGCUCAGCAUGUGGCCGAAUUGUGGGAAGCGGAACAAGGUCGGCGACCAAGGGUCUUCGGCACCACCUUUGUCAUUUUGAACGACCGGCCGAUGCAGAAGAUCGUCGAUCCGAGCGUGGAUCUGGCCGCGGCCGCGUAUUCGCUGUUUGGCGAGAACCCCUGGAUUCUUCCCACACCCCCACCACCUGUGGUGGAAAGCGAGGCAGAAGAGGAAGAACCUGAAGCCUCGCCGGCAACCUCCGGAAGCUAA